AUGGUGCGGUGCGUGCUGCUGUUUACCGUGCUCGUCGGCAUGGCCUUACCCUUGAUGCCGUCGGUCCGGGCCAUCUGUACUGCGUCGGUAUCGGCCGACCGGGUCGCAGCCUGUGCCUUCAAUCCGCUGCUGCUGCUGGUGGAACGUUCCGGCUGGGUACUGUCGAAGCAGAACUGUGGCGAAACGAUCGGGCCGGAAGCGUUCACCGUACCACCCGUCCUGUACUACGACUACACGGAGCCGGACCAUCUCUACACGGUUGUGUUUGUGGCGAAGGAAAGUGGCCAUCCCGAUCCGUUCGACGGCGGUGAGCGACGGUUCUAUCUGCAGUGGCUGGUGGUGAAUAUUCCUGAAUCGUCCCUCGCACACGGCAUGACAUACAUGGACGGUGACACAAUCGUGGAUUAUCUAUCCCCCGGUCCACGAUCGGCCAACGCUGAUGAGGAUGAUGGGCACCCGACACGCUACGGAUUCUAUCUUUAUGAACAGGUUUACGGUGCGAUCUAUCCUCCGACACCGAGCACUAGGGAGUACUUCAAUUUGGACGGCUGGAUCAGCACAAUCUAUCCCGAGGCUGCAGUCUGCGGUCCGGUUGCAUCGAUCGGGUUCGGAGUUUAGGGGGCGUGCGGCAUCGCCAGACGAGCCGGUACGUAAAUAAGCGCCCAAGUCGGUACGGCAAACAUCUGUGAAGGGGCCCCCACGUGCCACUUACUGUCGCAUGAUGUAGAUCGUGUUGUUGGAAGUAAUCCCAUGUACCCAGAAGCACCAGGAAAGUGUACCGCUGGUCCAGA